AUGCCAGCAGGAACGAUGCCAUGCGAGCGGAGCGACACGGAACUGGAAGUAGAGGAAAAAAGGACAAUGACAGCGAAAAAUAACUAUGACUGUGACGACAGUCAACAUCCAACAAUGUGGUUCUACUACUUCAUCUGCCUACCUAUGAUGCUCAACUUCCAUGAUGGACGCCAGCACUAGGAUUUUACUCAGAUGAUCCAAAUGUUAAUUGGAGCUAGUGCUGGAUGGUGGGCACUUGGAGAAGCUUGGGAGAACAACAAAAUUCUUGCCGACAACGGAUGA